GCAUCGGGGAGCGCCCAAGGGCGAUGGUUCCCGGCUCCUGGAGGGGCACGCGAAGUUAAAGCGGCUGGGAAGGCCAUUGUGAUUAUGUGGUAACUACAAUUAUCUUACUACUGAUUUUCCCACUGGAAUCAUGGAGGAGAAACAGCAGAUUAUAUUGGCUAAUCAAGAUGGUGGGACAGUGCCAGGAGCAGCACCUACCUUCUUUGUCAUCCUGAAACAGCCAGGAAAUGGCAAAACUGAUCAAGGAAUUUUGGUUACUAAUCGGGAUGCCUGUGCUUUGGCUAGCAGUGUGUCAUCACCAGGAAAAUCUAAAGGAAAGAUUUGCCUUCCAGCUGAUUGUACUGUAGGAGGAAUCACUGUCACUUUGGAUAACAAUAGUAUGUGGAACGAAUUCUAUCAUCGAAGCACAGAGAUGAUUCUGACGAAGCAGGGGAGACGCAUGUUUCCUUACUGUCGUUAUUGGAUAACAGGUUUAGAUUCAAAUAUGAAAUAUAUCCUUGUCAUGGAUAUAUCUCCUGUGGAUAAUCACCGUUAUAAAUGGAACGGUCGCUGGUGGGAGCCCAGUGGGAAGGCUGAGCCCCAUGUUUUGGGGAGGGUUUUUAUUCAUCCAGAAUCUCCUUCCACAGGUCAUUAUUGGAUGCAUCAACCAGUGUCUUUCUACAAACUCAAACUUACAAACAAUACACUGGACCAAGAAGGGCAUAUUAUCUUGCACUCUAUGCAUCGCUACUUGCCGCGGCUUCACUUGGUGCCUGCAGAAAAGGCUACUGAAGUGAUACAAUUAAAUGGCCCUGGUGUCCACACUUUUACCUUCCCACAGACUGAAUUCUUUGCAGUAACAGCUUAUCAAAACAUUCAAAUUACCCAGUUGAAAAUAGAUUACAAUCCAUUUGCUAAAGGCUUCCGGGAUGAUGGGCUGAAUAGUAAGCCUCAGAGAGAUGGAAAGCAAAAGAACAGCUCUGACCAAGAAGGGAACAGUGUUCCCAGUUCUCCUGGUCAACGGGUCCGUCUUACAGAAGGUGAGGGGUCAGAGAUGCAGCUAACAGAUUUGGAUCCUUUAUCAAGGGGUCAGGAAACAUCAGGCAAGGGUUUGGAGAAGCCUUCCCUUAAUAUAAAGCAAGAUUUUCUUGGUUUCAUGGAUAUUGAUUCAGCACUCGAUGAAGUCCCUCAGUUGAAGCAAGAGGUUUCUGAAAGCCUUGGCAACAGUUUUGAAGAUGGCUCCCAUGUAACGUCACCAUUAAGCCCAAAUGAAAACUUCAAUGUUGUCAUUAAAGAAGAGCCUUUGGAUGAUUAUGAAUAUGAACUUGGUGAGUGCCCAGAAGGGGUCACUGUGAAACAGGAAGAGACAGAUGAGGAAACAGAUGUAUACUCAAACAGUGAUGAUGAUCCUAUACUAGAGAAACAGUUGAAAAGGCACAAUAAAGCUGAUAACCUAGAAGCUGACCAUCCAUCUUCUAAAUGGCAACCAAAUAGCCCAUCAGGUGUUGCUAAAGCGAAAAUGUUCAAAUUAGAUGCUGGAAAGAUGCCAGUAGUCUAUCUGGAGCCCUGUGCUGUCACCAAAAGCACAGUGAAGGUUUCUGAGCUCCCUGACAACAUGCUUUGCACAUCUCGGAAGGAUAGAUCUUCUCUGUUGACAGAAUUUGACUAUUUGCCUGCGUACAUUGAAAAUUCUAAUGAGACUGGCUUCUGCUUAGGCAGAGAAUCAGAAAAUGAUCUUGGAAGACAUUCACCAGAUAUCAGAGUGGUACAAAAAUAUCCCUCACUUAAAGAAGCUCAGUGGAAAUACCCUGAUAUAUCUGACAGUGUUAACACAGAAAAACUACUUGAUGGUUCAAAGAGUUCAGUUGAGGACUCGUUUUUAGGAAAAGAGGACUUGGGCAGAAAGAAAACUAUGCUUAAGAUUUCAGCGGCUCCUAGGACUGUGAAUGCUAAUCAGAAUGCCCCUCCAAAUGUCCCUGGAAAAAGAGGAAGGCCACGAAAACUGAAACUGUCUAAGGCAGGGCGGCCGCCUAAAAACACAGGAAGAUCUUUAACUUCUACGAAGAACACUCCUACAGGCCCUGGGAGUACCUUUCCAGAUGUGAAACCUGACCUGGAAGAUGUAGAUGGUGUUCUCUUUGUUUCCUUUGAAUCAAAGGAAGCUCUAGAUAUUCAUGCAGUUGAUGGAACAAGUGAAGAAUCUUGUAGUCUUCAGGCAUCAGCUGCAAAUGACCCAGGUUGCAGAGCAAGAAUUUCCCAGUUGGAAAAGGAACUGAUAGAAGAUUUGAAGGCCUUGCGGCACAAGCAGGUCAUACAUCCUGGUCUUCAAGAAGUGGGCUUAAAAUUGAAUUCAGUGGAUCCAACAAUGAGCAUUGAUCUUAAGUACUUGGGAGUACAGCUACCUUUGGCUCCAGCCACUAGCUUUCCAUUCUGGAACCUUACCGGAGCCAACCCUGCCUCUCCUGAUGCUGGAUUUCCCUUUGUUUCUAGGACAGGGAAGACCAAUGAUUUCACCAAGAUCAAGGGGUGGAGGGGAAAGUUUCAUAGUGCUUCUGCAUCUAGGAAUGAAGGUGGAAAUUCUGAAGGUCCAUUGAAAAACCGUUCUGCUUUCUGCAGUGAUAAGCUGGAUGAAUACUUGGAAAAUGAAGGCAAGCUGAUGGAAACAAGCAUGGGUUUCUCUUCUAAUGCUCCCACGUCUCCUGUGGUAUACCAGCUUCCCACCAAGAGUACCAGCUAUGUUCGAACACUUGAUAGUGUGCUGAAGAAGCAGUCUACCAUUUCCCCUUCUACCUCCUACUCUUUGAAACCUCAUUCUGUACCCUCUGUCUCUCGAAAGGCAAAGUCUCAAAACAAACAGGCAACUUUCAGUGGCCGAACUAAAUCAUCUUAUAAAUCCAUUUUACCAUACCCUGUUUCCCCAAAGCAGAAACACACUCAUAUGAUUCCAGGAGAUAAGAUUACCAAGAAUUCUUCAGGCACCGCCUCAGAAAACCGGGUGAAUAACUUGAUUGUGCCAACUUUAGAUGAAAAUACAUUUCCAAAGCAAAUUAGUUUGCGGCAGGCACACCAGCAGCAGCAGCAGCAGCAACAACAGGGAUCUCGCCCUCCAGGCUUGUCUAAAUCUCAAGUGAAGCUAAUGGAUCUGGAAGACUGUGCACUUUGGGAAGGAAAACCAAGGACCUAUAUCACUGAAGAGCGAGCAGAUGUAUCCUUAACAACUCUGCUUACGGCUCAAGCAUCUCUCAAAACUAAACCCAUCCACACGAUCAUAAGGAAACGAGCCCCUCCAUGUAACAAUGACUUCUGUCGGUUGGGGUGUGUAUGUUCAAGUCUAGCUUUGGAGAAGCGCCAGCCUGCUCACUGCCGCCGACCAGACUGCAUGUUUGGCUGCACCUGUUUGAAAAGAAAAGUUGUACUUGUUAAAGGGGGAUCCAAAACUAAGCAUUUCCAGAAGAAGAGUGCUCAUCGUGAUCCAGUAUUUUAUGAUAAUUUGGGAGAGGAGCAAAAAGAAGAAGGAGAAGAGGGAGUCAAAGAAGAGGAAGAACAAUUGAAAGAGAAAAAGAAGAGAAAGAAACUAGAGUACACUAUCUGUGAAACAGAACCUGAACAGCCUGUUCGACAUUACCCACUGUGGGUGAAAGUAGAAGGUGAAGUAGAUCCAGAACCAGUGUAUAUCCCAACGCCUUCUGUCAUUGAGCCUAUGAAACCAUUGUUGUUGCCUCAACCAGAAGUUUUAUCUACUACUGUGAAGGGCAAACUACUCACGGGAAUUAAACCUGCGAGGGCAUAUACUCCCAAACCCAACCCUGUGAUUCGGGAAGAAGACAAGGAUCCAGUCUACUUGUACUUUGAAAGUAUGAUGACUUGUGCCCGAGUUCGAGUGUAUGAACGAAAAAAAGAGGAAGAGAGACAGCCAUCACCAUCACCAUCUCCAUCAUUUCAGCAGCAGGGCUCAUGUCAUUCUAGUCCUGAGAACUGUAGUAUAAAGGAGCCAGCUUCUGAACAGCAGCCUUUGAAACCACUCAGUUGUGACCUGGAGGAUGAUUCUGAUAAAUCACAAGAAAAGAGCUGGAAAUCUUCCUGCAAUGAAGGGGAAUCAGCUUCUACCUCCUAUGUGCAUCAGAGGUCACCUGGUGGUCCCACCAAACUGAUCGAGAUCAUCUCAGACUGCAACUGGGAGGAGGAUCGGAACAAGAUUUUGAGCAUCUUAUCCCAGCACAUCAAUAGCAACAUGCCACAGUCACUUAAGGUGGGCAGCUUCAUCAUUGAGUUGGCUUCUCAGCGAAAGAGCCGGGGUGAAAAGAAUCCUCCUGUUUAUUCUUCUCGUGUGAAAAUCUCUAUGCCAUCAUGUCAAGAUCAAGAUGAUAUGGCUGAGAAAUCUGGAUCAGAGACUCCUGACGGUCCAUUAUCCCCUGGGAAAAUGGAUGAUGUCUCUCCCGUGCAGACAGAUGCCCUGGAUUCAGUGAGGGAGAGAUUACAUGGAGGCAAAGGUCUGCCCUUUUAUACAGGGCUUUCUCCUGCAGGGAAGCUUGUGGCCUAUAAACGUAAACCCAGUUCAAGCACAUCUGGGCUUAUCCAGGUUAAUGGUAAGAGUUACCCGCAGGCUAAGUUGCUAUUGGGACAGAUGGGGGCAUUGCAUCCAGCCAAUAGGCUAGCUGCUUAUAUCACAGGCAGGUUGCGACCCUCAGUCCUGGACCUCUCAACCCUCAGUACUGUCAUCUCCAAGGUAGCAUCCAAUGCCAAGGUGGCUGCAUCCAGGAAACCACGCACCCUGUUGCCUUCAACAUCCAAUUCCAAAAUGGCAUCAUCUUCUGGCACUACAACAAAUCGCCCUGGGAAGAACCUGAAGGCAUUUGUCCCAGCGAAAAGACCAAUUGCGGCUCGACCCUCUCCUGGUGGUGUGUUCACACAGUUUGUGAUGAGUAAAGUUGGAGCCCUGCAGCAGAAGAUCCCUGGAGUUAGCACACCCCAACCCCUAACAGGGCCACAGAAGUUCAGUAUCAGACCUUCUCCAGUAAUGGUCGUCACACCUGUGGUUUCUUCUGAGCCAGUUCAGGUGUGCAGCUCUGUGACUGCUGCUGUCACUACUACCACCCCUCAAGUGUUUUUAGAAAAUGUUCCUGCUGUGACACCUACGACUGCUCUAUCUGACGUGGGAACUAAAGAAACUACUUAUUCUUCUGGUGCCACCAUUGCAGGGGUUGUUGAGGUCUCUGAAACUAAUACCAGCACUCUUGUAACAUCUACCCAGUCUACAGCCACUUUGAACCUUAUCAAAACGACUGGGAUAACUACCCCUGUGGCUUCAGUUGCUUUUCCUAAGUCUUUGGUAGCAUCUCCUCCAACCAUAACUCUUCCUGUUGCUUCCACUGCCUCCACCUCCAUAGUCGUGGUGACCACAGCUGCAUCUUCUUCCAUGGUGACCACACCAACUUCAUCUCUGAGCUCUGUUCCCGUUAUACUGUCGGGAAUUGAUGGGAGUCCACCAGUGAGCCAGAGACCAGAAAAUGCCCCUCAGAUUCCAGUGGCUCCUCCACAGGUCUCUCCUAACACAGUGAAACGUCCUGGACCUCGAUUGUUGUUGAUUCCAGUGCAGCAGGGUUCUCCUACUCUUAGACCUGUCCCAAACACACAACUUCAGGGACAUCGGAUGGUCUUACAGCCUGUUAGGAGUCCAAGUGGAAUGAACCUGUUCAGGCACCCUAAUGGGCAGAUUGUCCAGCUUCUCCCUUUGCAUCAGCUUCGAGGAUCUAAUAACCAGCCCAACUUACAACCUGUCAUGUUUCGGAACCCAGGGUCUGUGAUGGGAAUCCGUUUACCCACUCCUUCCAAACCAUCAGAGACUCCACCUUCUUCGGCUUCACCCUCUGCUUUCUCCGUUGUGAAUCCUGUAAUUCAGGCUGUUGGGUCUUCUCCAGCAAUGAAUGUUAUCACUCAGGCACCAUCAUUGCUUUCUUCUGGACCGAACUUUGUGUCUCAGUCUGGUACAUUGACCCUGAGGAUUUCCCCUCCUGAACCACAAAGUUUCACAAGUAAAACAGCCUCUGAAACCAAAAUCACCUAUAGUUCAGGAGGGCAGCCUGUUGGUACAGCCAGUCUUAUUCCUCUCCAGUCUGGUAGUUUUGCCUUGUUGCAGCUCCCAGGACAAAAGCCUGUUCCCAGCUCCAUUCUUCAACAUGUUGCUUCACUUCAGAUGAAAAGAGAAUCUCAGAAUGCAGACCAGAAAGAUGAAACAAGCUUUUUAAAAAGAGAGCAAGAAACUAAGAAGGUUCUACAGUCAGGAGGAGAAGCUGUAGAGCCUGAGACUAAUAUAAUAAUAAAACAAAACUCAGGAGCUGCUGUCUCAGAAGAAACUCUGAAUGAUUCCUUGGAAGAUGGGGGUGAUCAUUUAGAUGAAGAAUCCCUUAUAGAAGAAGGGCCUUCAGCCGUUAAACCUUCUGAGCAUGUCUAUAGCACUGGCUCACACACAGGUGAAGACUAUAAAGAUGUUGAGAAAGAAUAUGGGAUUAGGAACCAUAACAGUUCCAAAGAAAAACUGACUGUUCUAGAAGUUAAGACCAUUUCUGGAAGAGCCAGUAACAUGACAGUCCAAAGUGUGAAUAAUGUGCAACUUAAAAAACUUGGUGAUGUGAAAGUGGAACAGCAGAAAGGCUUAGACAAUCCAGAGGAAAAAUCAAAUGAAUUUCCAAUUAUCUCUAAAGAAGAAAGCAAAGUUGAAUUUUCAGGCAGUAGAGUUGUGGAGCAGCAAUCUAAUCCAAAGCCAGAGGCCAGGGAGAAGGACUGUGGAGAGUCUCUGGAGAAGGACAGCAUUAAGGAGAGGUGGAGAAAACACUUAAAGGGCCCUUUGGCCCAGAAAUAUGUUAGAACUUCACAAGAAGGCAAGAAUGAGACAAAUGAGCAAUUAAUUAAAGAAACAAAAACUUGUAAGGAAAAUUCAGAUGUGUUUCAACAAGAACACAGUAUCUCUGAUUUACUUGGAAAAAGUGGAACUAGUGAGAAUGCCAGAAUUUUAAAAACUGAAUGUGAUUCUUGGAGUAGGAUUUCUAGUCCUACAACCUUCUCCAUUGUCCCUAGGAGAGCUGCCAAAGGGAGCAGAAGGGACGGACAUUUUCAAGGUCACUUACUGCUCUCAGGAGAACAGAUAAAACCAAAGCAAGAGAAGACGGGUGGGAGCAGCAGUACUGAUUUCACUGUUCUGGAGUUGGAAGAGGAUGACGAAGAAGAUGAGAAUGAGAAAACCGAUGAUUCUAUUGAUGAGAUUGUGGAUGUUGUUUCUGACUACCAGAGUGAGGAGGUUGAUGAUGUAGAAAAGAAUAACUGUAUAGAAUACAUUGAGGAUGAUGAUGAACAAGUGGACAUUGAGACUGUAGAAGAGCUCCCGGAGGAAAUUAAUGUCACCCACAUGAAGAGCACAGCUGUCCAUACAGAGAUUUUGAAACAGCCGUGCCGUAUGCCUGUCUCUGCAGAUGAAAAAGCUACUGAAAGGAGUCGAAAGGCUGCACAAGUUCCUCUAAAGCUAAAACCUGAUUGUUGGAGUGAAAAACUACAGAAAGAAGCAGAAGCUUUUGCGUAUUAUCGCCGGACACACACUGCCAAUGAACGCCGCCGCCGUGGUGAAAUGAGAGAUCUCUUUGAGAAGUUGAAGAUCACAUUGGGGUUACUUCAUUCUUCCAAGGUUUCCAAAAGUCUCAUUCUUACUAGGGCAUUCAGUGAAAUUCAGGGGCUAACAGAUCAGGCAGACAAGUUGAUAGGACAGAAGAAUCUCCUGACUCGCAAACGGAAUAUUUUGAUACGGAAAGUAUCAUCACUUUCAGGUAAGACAGAAGAAGUGGUCCUGAAGAAGCUAGAGUAUAUUUAUGCAAAACAACAAGCAUUAGAGGCACAAAAGAGAAAGAAGAAGAUGGGAUCAGAUGAGUUUGCUGUGUCUCCCAGAACUAGCAAACAGCAGGAAGGAGCUCCUGCAUCAUCUGUAGAUCUCGGACAGAUGUUUAUAAAUAACAGGAAGGGGAAGCCUUUGAUUCUUUCCAGAAGAAAAGACCAGGCCACAGAAAAUACCUCACCCUCUAAUACUCCACACACCUCUGCCAACAUUGUGAUGACUCCACAAGGGCAGUUGCUCACUUUGAAAGGUCCCCUAUUCUCAGGACCAGUGGUUACUGUUUCUCCUGCUCUCUUAGAAACAGAUCUGAAACCUCAAGUUGCCAGUAGUGCUGUGGCUCAAUCAGAAAAUGACGACUUAUUUAUGAUGCCAAGAAUUGUUAAUGUGACAUCAUUGGCAACAGAGGGAGGUUUGGUAGAUAUGAGUGGCAGCAAAUACCCCCAUGAAGUUCCUGAUGGCAAGCCACCUGACCACCUGAAAAACACUGUCAGGAGUGAGGAUAACUCCUGUGAAGACUUGGGUAGAAUCUCUUCCAGAGGCAACCAUAGAGAUGUCAGAAUGGCACUGGGUACAGCACAGGUUUAUCUGUCACAUAAAGAUUCUGGUUGUCCACAAAUGGUUGAUGUUUCCAGUAUGCAAGAAGCACAAGAAUUCUUACCCAAAAAGAUUUCUGGUGAUACCAGAGGGAGUCAGCAUAAAUGGAAAGAGAGUGAAUCAAGACGGGAGAGACUGAAGACAAAGGAGUCUCCAUUUCAUAAAUUAAAGAUAAAAGAUCUCAAAGACUCAAGCAUAGAGAUGGAAUUGAGAAAGGUAGCAUCAGCUAUAGAGGAAGCAGCAUUGGAUCCCAGUGAACUGCUAACUAGUAUGGAAGAUGAGGAUGAUACUGAUGAGACACUGACAUCUCUGCUCAAUGAGAUUGCCUUUCUUAAUCAGCAGUUAAAUGAUGACUCUGUUAGCCUGGCUGAACUGCCUAGCUCUCUGGAUACAGAGUUCCCAGGGGAUGCUCGCCGGGCUUUUAUCAGUAAGCUUCCUCCUGGGAACAGAGCAACUUUCCAGGUUGGCCACUUGGGAACUGGUCUGAAGGAAUUGCCUGAUGUGCAAGGGGAGAGGGACUCUGUCAGCCCCCUCCUCUUGCACUUGGAAGAUGAUGACUUUUCUGAAAGUGAAAAGCAACUUGCAGAACCAGCCUCUGAACCAGAUGUGCUGAAGAUUGUCAUUGACUCUGAGAUAAAGGACUCCCUCGUUCCCCAGAGGAAACCAGGGGAUGAAGGGAAGAAUGCUUCUGGCAUCCCUGCUGAGCCUGAAAGCAUGUCCUCACCCCCCAUUCUCCACAUGAAGGGUGGCCUGGAGAACAGCAGCGCAGACACCUUGUGGAGGCCCAUGCCAAAGCUGGCACCUCUAGGUUUAAAAGUAGCUAAUCCUUCCAGUGAUACAGAGGGUCAGAGUCUCAAGGUGAUGCCUUGUUUGGCACCUGUAGCUGCCAAAGUUGGGUCUGUUGGACACAAAAUGAACUUAACAGGGAAUGAUCAGGAAUGCCGGGAGAGCAAGGUGAUGCCUACAUUGGCACCUGUUGUGGCCAAACUGGGCAACACUGGGGCCUCGCCAAGUUCUGCAGGGAAAUGAACUUAGUUGUUCUCAGGCAGAAGCCAGGCUGUGAGGGGAAACCUCCUUUCUCUGCAGGCACCUGUUUGUGUCAUGGAACUGUGAUCCUUGACUUUGAAAUGUGGUGAAUGAUGGUAGAGAAAGGGGGUAGGGUGCUGACAUCCAUAUAAGAAAUUAACUACUAUGAAAUUCUGAUCAUGUUAAAAUGUGUUACCUCACUUGUGGUGCUGGGUCUCCUCAUCCUCUCCAAGAAGAUGUGAUCCAUUACUGAACACGAGGUGCCCCUCUUACCCAAGGAAUUUGUAACAAGACUAGGUCCAUAGUGGUUCCUAGUUCUUCCCUCCCAGAGUAGAAGCUGCUUGAGACUUAGGAGUUGCUAUGGACUGAACCUUAGUUGAUAGCUGUUGUUUUA